AUGAUACUGAGGUCCAAGCUAGAUGUGCUACUGGAAUUGGAUUUGCUGAGUUUGCUGGCGGUUCAAAGCGACGUUACAAGGUUAAUUGAACAGAAAGCUGUUUUAUUGGAAGCAGGGAGACGAAAUGGCCAUAUAGCGCAAUUGGAGAGCGAAGUUAGUCCGAAGGACAUCAGGAGCUUACCUGCAGAAGAAAUUGGCUCGGUAACACGCGACGAUAGCGAUGAGGAUGACUUCCUUCUGACGCAAUUCGAUCAGAUUGCGAGAGAGAAGCUUUUGAAUAAAGGACCUGGAGCAGGUGAAAGCAAGGAAGCCGAUGGGCAUGAGGCGUUUUGUAAGAAGCCAGAUCUGAGCUCCCCGCUGAAGGGAACACAGAGCUUGCCUGAUUCCCUGGGUUCAUUGGAAAGCGAUCUCCAGAUCUUCCCUCCAAAGAUGAAAGAUGCAGCCAGCUUUGAGAUCAAUGGCAAGAGUGUGCUACAAUCGAGCAAUGGCCGGAUUCCUGAGUUGUCUCCAGGAAAGCGUCAAAAGAUCAAGAAAAGUCGCUUGGAUGACACGGUGAGGCCGAAAUCGCUUGUCUCGUUCAAUUCUAACCCACUAACAAAGAAACCGUGGAUCUUGGAAGACUUUAGGCUUAAUGAGGAUUUGAGUUCGGUAAAGAGAGGCCGCAAAAAGCUCUCAACCAUGAAGCUGAACAAUUUUUACGAGCAAGGUGGCAGGCCGCCCGACGUUGAGGUCUUGGAGGAAGCUGCUGACCAUGGGAUCGAUAAUAGCUGCGAGUUUGAAAACCUCAGACAAAGGUCGAAAUCUCCCCCAGGGUUCGGCAGACUGGAUUUUCCCAGUACCCAGGAAAGAGUGGAUGACAAAAAAAAGUCCCAAGAAAUUAUACAUAGGAAAACGAGGCAUAGAUUUUUGGCUGCAACUCGUUGUGACAUUCCCCAGCAGGAAAGGCAGUAUCUGUUUAAAAGUGACUAUCUGAACCAGUUGGUGAAGGAUGGAACCUUUAAGUGGGAUGAUAAAAAUUUGAAAAUAUUCUCCAGGAGGUAG